AUGCUGACUUCCAUCCAGCUGAUUACUUUGCUUCUUUGGACAAGUGUCGGACAAAUUGCUGACACAGAAAAACUCUUCCACAGUCGGGAUCACUCGGAUUUACAGACGUUCAACUCGCAAAAAGCUCAGAUCAUCAAGGACAAAUACUCCGCACAGCUCUUCCUAUCCAGGUACGGCUUCAUGAAGCCGGUGAGGUGGGAGGAGACGCGGGACCAGGACUAUCAGGACGAAGACUACCUUGACGAACUUCAAGCGACUAUCCAGGAGGGGUCCUCCCUGCCCCGUUCCAGGGACCGUCCUCAAGACGGCGAAAGUCGAGCGUUUGCCUCAGCCCUUCAAGAUUUCCAGCGGCUGUCGGGUCUGCCUGUGACCGGGGUGUUCGACCAAGCCACCCAGGUGGCCAUGAACAAGCCCAGGUGUGGCGUCCCCGACCGAGAGCUGGACCUCAACCCGGCUGAGGCACCUGAGGAGGACUUAGAUGUUGAAAACAUCACCGAUGUGGAGACUUUUAACGGUACUCAGAGUAACGACACGUGGUUCGGAGCUGCUAAUGAUUCGGACUUACUUAACAUUACCGACCCAAAUAGUGAUUUCUCUCUGGAAACCAACACAACCGCGUGGACGAACACAUCCCAGGAUAACGCCGACACCAGACGUCCGAGCCAAGCGGUGGUACGCAAGAAACGCCACCUGUCUGCUCUGGUAUCUAAGAGCAGGGGUAAGCGAGACUUGAGCGAGGUGGGACACGUGGCCUUCAGCAAGACCGUGCUGAGGUGGCGGCUGAUGGGCGAAGGCUACAGCAGUCAGCUCUCCGUCGAGGAGCAGAGGUACGUCUUCAGGCUGGCUUUCAGGAUGUGGAGCGAGGUGUCGCCGCUGGAGUUCUUGGAGGAUAACCGCUCGCCGCUGGAAGAUAUCGACAUCAGGCUGGGCUUCGGCACAGGAAGACACCUGGGUUGCAAUCAGAGGUUUGAUGGCACGGGUCAAGAAUUUGCCCACGCUUGGUUCCUGGGUGACAUCCACUUUGACGACGACGAACAUUUCACCAGUCCGAACGCCGGCAGCGGAAUCAGCCUCCUUAAGGUGGCAGUCCACGAGAUCGGCCACGUUCUGGGACUGCCUCACAUCUACAGAGCUGGAUCCAUCAUGCAACCCAGCUACCUACCCCAGGAGUCCAGCUUUGAGAUGGACUGGAUGGACAGGAAAGCGGUCCAGAACCUCUACGGGGGCUGCCAGGGCAGGUUCAGCACCGUGUUUGACUGGAUCAGAAGGGAGAAGAGCCCCAAUGGCGGGGUGGUGGUCCGCUUUAACACCUACUUCAUGAGGGAGGGCUGGUACUGGCUGUACGAGAACCGGAACAACCGCACGCGGUACGGGGAUCCGGUGCCCAUGCAGAUUGGCUGGCAUGGACUCCCCGCGGACGGAGUGGAUGCUUUCGUGCACGUGUGGUCUCGGAAAAAAGACGUUAUUUACUUCUUCAAAGGCACACACUUCUGGAGGUACGACAAGGACAACGACCAGACCUUCAAACAGGACCCAGAAGGACAACGCUAUCCGAAGAAGAUCUCCAAAGGUUUCCCGGGAAUCUCCGGUCCGAUCGACACGGCGUUUUAUGACCGGAGGGACUCUCGGAUUUACUUCUUCAAAAACACUCUUGUGUACGCCUUUGAUGUAGAAUCCAAGAGAUUAACGGGAGGUUUCCCCAAAGCCUUGCGAGACGUCUUCCCGCCAGUGUCCGGUAACGACCACCCGGGAGGCAGCAUUGACGCCGCCUACUUCUCCUACAGCCACAACGCCAUCUUCCUGCUGAAGGGCACACGUUUCUGGCGGGUGGUCGGCGGCCGCGAUCGCCGGCGGCGUCCUUUCUUGCCUCGGAACGGCCUGCUGGCGCAACAGGAAGUCAACCAGCACUGGUUUGACAUCUGCAACGUCCACCCCACUGCACUGAGGCUGACGCCGUGA